AUGUCUACCGAGACUCGGAAAGAGCUAAUGCUGACAAAGCGCCCCAUGGCACCCGCAAACAGCAAAAUUAACACAGAGAACACCGCUCUAGACACAAUAACCUCUAUCGACGAUGCUGGCAAGGAUGUUUCCACGAUGGGUCCUGCUAGGAAAUCGAAGAAAUUCAGGAAGCAUACGGGUCCGCUAAUGAAAGCGGUCGAUAUGGCCCUACCCGGAGUCGCCCUCCAUACACGAAAAUUACUGCACGUGUACGCGAAAGAUAAUGGGCAGGUGGAUCUGAAACGAUUUCCGAGGGAGCAUCACUGCAGAGUUCAAGUCCAGCUGCUCGCCAUCGAUCUGAAUCGGGGCAUUAAAAGUUUCGACUUGACGUAUGUUGUUGUGAGGGAAGGUCUCGAGAACCUCUGGGGUCUGAUGGAGUAUUCGAAGCGAGACGAUCCUCGCUCUGCAGGGAUCCUGGGAUUCCAAACGGAGAAACUAGUGCUAGCGAUCGAGCAGAUCGCGGCUUUGCUGGAAGACUACAGCAAUGUAAAACCGACAAAUUGGAUCAAAGUCGCUGAGCUAUUCCAGAAAGAAGCCUACGCCUGUAGCCAGCAUUCGGUUCCGUACGUCCCUGCCAAAAUGAAGUAUUUCAAACUCGAUAAACUGCUGGGUGCGGGAGGUUUCGGCGCCGUGUACAAAGCCUACUUGGGAAACGUAGUUUGCACCGUGAAAUUCGUGCCGUGCGACCGACUUUUGGAACCCAAAUACGCCUGCAUGGAUAAACUAGUUGCCUGUAUGGCGAAUCAUCCUUUCGUUGUCAAGUAUUAUGCUUGUUUCGCGACGAAACAAGCCUUCGUCACCUCGAUGGAAUAUAUCAAAGGCUGUGAUCUGAACAAGGUUCUUAUCAUGGCUGUCUACUUCCCCGAGAAAAUCACUCGUAUCAUCAUCGCGCAGUUGGGCGAUGCACUCGCGCACAUGCACUCGAAAGGUUUCAUUCAUCGAGACAUCAAGCCCGCCAACAUGAUAAUAAUGAACGGAUGCCGCAUAAAACUCAUCGACUUCGAUACCGCGAAGGCCUGUAUUGGCAAAUACGUUGCUAAAGCGCAGAGUACAUUCAAUUGGAGAACCGCGUUCGAGUUCAACGACAAUGAGGUCGCAGGUACCAUGCCCUAUUUCCCCCCGGAAUGUUGCCCCUUGAAUCCGCACAUGAACAACCUCUACGGUCGAUCGAUGGACUGGUGGGCCGUGGGAGUCACGGCUUUCCAAUUGGCCACAGGACGUCUCCCAUUCCACAACUUCAGAUCGGAGCAUGAGCUCAAGACCCUAAUCAAUUCCGGGCAGUAUGUGUGGCCGAACGAUCGGGCUUUCAGCGCUCCUCUGGUACAGUUUGUCGCCGAGCUUCUGACUGUGAAGCCGCACGAACGGCUCUGCUCAAAAUCGUACUCCGACUUCCGCUCUCACAGUUUCUUCUGUGCUCUCGAUUGGCAAAUGCUCGCCACAGCGGAUUUCUUGAAAGAUUUCCACACCAUCAACAGAUGUAUGACGAGAACGAACGCAGGUUAUUCGCCCGUCGGCUCCCCCGAAGCUGAACGACGGAGAUUUGCUCUAUUCCCGCAUCAGAUAUUGGACACGACAGAUCAUUCCAAUCUCUACACGUACUGCUCUCCGGGUUUCUGUCGAGCAGUAGCCGAAAUAAAGGCAGGCAACUCGCCGACGAAGGAAAUGAUCACGGAUCCCCUCGAGAUCGCCGACGACGUGGACUGGUCCUACCGCUUCGAGGACCUUUGA